AGUAAAUGUAGAUUAGAUGUACUUAAGCUGAUCAUCAAAAUCAGUAAAUAAUAGGGGUUUGUAUUGAGAGCAACUGCCAACAUUAGAGGCCUUAUCGUCAUGAUUGUUUACCUAAUCAUGUUUAACAUAUUAACAAGUCAAUAUCUUUGAACCGCUUAAAUGAAUGGAUAAAACGACCAAUUGUCAUAAUUACCGAUAUAUAAAAGAAUGCUUAAGAGUGUAAAUCAGUCCUUGAUAGUCUUAUAAAUAGAUUUACUCCUUACUUAAACAUUAACAUAGAAUAAUUAGGAAUCUCAGAGAUUGACAAUAUUAUUAAGGGUUUAUGUAAAAUUGAAGUUUGUGAAUAGUAAUUCUUUAACUAACUCAAAUAAUCAAUUUAAUAAGUUUCAUAAAUUGUAGAUGAAAUAUUAAAAAACACCAAGAGUUAAACAGAUUAGAAGUAAAAAUUUAAUAAAGAAGCUCAAUAAACUUAAAUUAUGAAACCAUUAAUUUAAGAAUAAAACGACCAGGUAAACAUCUUAAAACCAAAUCUAAAGCCAUUUACCUUUGAACUCAUUAAAUAAAAUACAAGUAAGUAAAAUUAAUGGUAUUAUGCAAUUACUUUUAAUAAAGAUUGCUCAAUUGUGGCAGCUGGAUGUGAAGAAAAUAUUAAAGUAUAUCAACAUAAAGAAGGGAAACUGAAUCAAAUAUAAGUAUUAAGUGAGCAUACAAAAGGUGUAAUUACUUUGAAUUUUAUGAGGAAUACAAAUGAUUUUAUUUCUGGGAGUGAUGAUUCAUUGAUUAUAAUAUGGUAGGCGAAUGGAAAUAAUGAAUGGAAUUGCUAAUAAAAAUUGAAUGGGCAUUCAAAUUAUAUAUAUUGUUUAUAAGUGAGCAAUAAUGAUGAUCUAAUCAUAUCUGGAAGUGGUGAUAAAACUAUUAAAUUUUGGAUUAAAUAGAGUUAAUGGUUGUGUUAAUAAACCAUAACUGAUCAUACUGAUUCUGUAUAUUCAUUAAGUCUAAAUGAUCAAUAAAAUAAAGUGAUUUCUUGUUCAUAAGAUCAUUAAAUAUUAGUAAUAGAAUACUCAUUAUUGGAUAAGAAGUGGAGUGUUAUAUAAAAGAUAAAAAUAGAUUAAUUUGGAUAUAGAUUAUGUUUUAUAAAUGAUAGCUAAUUUACAUUCUAACCUAGAUGUAGAGAAAAAAUGUAUAUAUAUGAGAUUGAGAGUAAUACAAAAUAGUAUAGGAAGACUAAGGAAAUUACUGUUAAGUGUGGAUCAAACGAUGAUUAUUUGUUAUUUCCAUAAUAAUACUUAAAAUCAAAAUGCCUCUUGGUGAAUAAGAAUGGCACAAAUGUUAAUUUAAUGAGGAAGAAAGAAAAUGGUGACUUUAUUAUUGAAUAAUCGAUUGAAUUUGAUAAUUAACUUAUUUUUGGAUAAUUAAGUUAAGACGGAGAGUACAUAAUCACUUGGGAUUAUGUUUCAAAGGAAAUACAAAUAAGAAAGUGUUAGGAGAAAUGA